CUCUUCUCUCGGCUUCAUCUCAGAUGACCAUGGACGAGAAGUAUGUCAACAACAUCUGGGACCUCUUGAAAAAUGCCAUCCAGGAGAUUCAGAGGAAGAACAACAGUGGGCUGAGCUUCGAGGAGCUCUACAGGAACGCCUACACCAUGGUCCUGCACAAGCACGGAGAGAAGCUUUACACGGGCCUCAGGGAGGUGGUCACAGAACAUCUCAUCAACAAAGUACGAGACGAUGUGUUAAACUCCCUGAACAACAACUUUCUGCAAACACUGAAUCAAGCCUGGAAUGACCACCAGACAGCUAUGGUGAUGAUCAGAGACAUCUUGAUGUACAUGGACCGGGUGUAUGUUCAGCAGAAUAACGUAGAGAACGUCUAUAAUCUAGGUCUCAUCAUCUUCAGAGACCAGGUGGUUCGUUACGGCUGCAUUCGGGACCAUCUGAAGCAGACCUUACUCGACAUGAUUGCCCGUGAGAGGAAAGGGGAGGUGGUGGACAGGGGUGCCAUUCGUAACGCUUGUCAGAUGCUGAUGAUUUUGGGCUUGGAAGGACGGUCCGUCUAUGAAGAGGAUUUCGAGGCCCCAUUCUUAGAAAUGUCUGCUGAAUUCUUUCAGAUGGAAAGUCAGAAGUUUUUAGCUGAGAACAGUGCGAGCGUGUACAUAAAGAAAGUGGAGGCACGGAUAAACGAGGAAAUAGAGCGAGUGAUACACUGUCUGGAUAAAACGACGGAGGAGCCGAUUGUGAAGGUGGUGGAGAGAGAGCUGAUCUCCAAACACAUGAAGACCAUCGUAGAGAUGGAGAACUCGGGCCUGGUGCACAUGCUCAAGAAUGGGAAGACAGAAGAUCUGGCCUGCAUGUACAAGCUGUUCAGCAGAGUGCCGAACGGCCUGAAGACCAUGUGCGAGUGUAUGAGCUCCUAUCUGAGGGAGCAGGGCAAAGCUCUGGUGUCUGAGGAAGGAGAAGGCAAGAACCCCGUUGACUACAUCCAGGGUCUUCUGGAUCUGAAGUCACGGUUUGAUCGCUUCUUGCAAGAGUCCUUUAACAACGACCGUUUAUUCAAGCAGACCAUUGCAGGGGACUUCGAGUAUUUCUUGAACCUGAACUCUCGUUCGCCCGAGUAUCUCUCGCUCUUCAUUGACGACAAGCUGAAGAAAGGAGUGAAAGGACUGACGGAGCAGGAGGUGGAGUCGAUCUUGGAUAAAGCCAUGGUGCUGUUCAGGUUCAUGCAGGAGAAGGACGUGUUCGAGCGCUACUACAAGCAGCACCUGGCCAGAAGACUCCUCACCAACAAGAGCGUGUCUGACGACUCGGAGAAAAACAUGAUCUCGAAGCUCAAGACGGAGUGUGGCUGUCAGUUCACAUCUAAACUGGAAGGCAUGUUCAGGGACAUGAGCAUCUCAAACACAACCAUGGAUGAGUUUCGGCAGCACCUCACGUCGACAGGGGUGUCUUUAGGUGGCGUCGACCUCAUAGUGAGGGUGCUAACGACGGGAUACUGGCCGACCCAGUCAGCGACUCCCAAAUGUAACAUCCCCCCUUCACCAAGACAUGCUUUCGAGGUCUUUAGAAGAUUUUAUUUAGCCAAGCACAGCGGUAGGCAGCUCACAUUACAGCAUCACAUGGGUUCAGCAGACCUCAAUGCCACCUUCUACGGGCCAGUCAAAAAGGAGGAUGGCUCAGAUAUGGUCGGCGGGGCUCAGGUCACAGGCUGUAAUGCCAGGAAGCACAUCCUGCAGGUUUCCACAUUCCAGAUGACAAUCCUCAUGCUUUUCAACAACCGAGAGAAGUCCACAUUCGAGGAGAUCCAGCAGGAGACGGAUAUCCCGGAGAGAGAGCUGGUGCGGGCGCUGCAGUCUCUGGCCUGUGGAAAGCCCACGCAGCGAGUCCUCACCAAAGAACCCAAGUCUAAAGAGAUCGAGAGCGGCCACGUCUUCACUGUCAACGACCAGUUCACCUCCAGACUGCACAGAGUCAAGAUUCAAACAGUUGCAGCCAAGCAGGGAGAAUCAGACCCCGAGAGGAAGGAGACGCGACAGAAAGUGGAUGAUGACAGGAAACACGAGAUUGAGGCGGCUAUCGUUCGGAUCAUGAAGUCCAGAAAGAAGAUGCAGCACAAUGUUUUAGUAGCAGAGGUAACCCAGCAGCUGAAGGCGCGAUUCCUUCCCAGUCCUGUGGUCAUUAAAAAGCGUAUUGAAGGACUUAUCGAGAGAGAAUACUUGGCAAGAACACCAGAAGAUCGCAAAGUGUACACAUACGUAGCAUGAGCAAGGAGCAGAAUUAAAUCUGGCAUGAGAGAGCGAGUGAGUGUGAGUGAGCGAGCGAGCAUUGUUUUGGGACUUUGUUACACACCUCACAUGGGAUAUUAUUUUAUUUUAUGCAUUUUUUUUGCCUUUGUUGUCAUUCAUACUGGGAAUAAACUGAGAAGAAACCUCUCAUCUUUUAAUGAACUUGUUUUAAAUCGUUCUUUUCGAUUCCCAUGACGUGUUCCACUGGAUUAGAUUCAACACUUUUACAGAAGGUCUUGGUCUUUAUGAGGGAAGUUAUUUUUGUGUCUCUUCACAAUCCUACAACCGAGUUAAUACAGUAAGCCACACAGUUUCCCAGCAUUGGAUAUCAUUAUGACCAUUCAUAUCAUGAAAUACCUUCGGAGUUAUUUUCUUAUAUCUGUGUAAGUGUGUUUGUGUCUGUGGCACCUGAUUUGGAUGUACAGGUUCUCGCCAUCAGUGCUUUACCUGUAAGGUUGUCAAAUGUGUAUCUGAGUAGGGGUGUAGCGUUUGGUUCAAAGCAUGCUUUUACUGAAGCCAGAUGGAGUAACACUUACGCAGCAUAUAAAAUGGUGGUUUGGCUGUCUUUUUCCCUUGCCCUUUUUUUUUUUUCAUGUCUAACAUGGCCAAUUGUAAAAGAUGACUUAAAUGCGUUUUAUUUUGAUGGGUCCUUUGAAAGCAGUUUAAACGGGGUUGGGGCGCAGUUUGUGUUUUUUCAGCAUUAUUAUAUUUCAAUGUGUAUAAAUUGUAAAAUAAUUGUUAUUGUACUCAAUGCUGAAGUGAACUGUACAGGGCCUUGUUUUCAUCAUUAAAUGUAGAAAAAUACAGGGGGGAAAAACAAUAAAAGGAUUGGCCGUUUUGGGUCAGA